UCUCUCCUCAGUCUUCAAAGGGCGCUCGGGGGUUGCGGGGCUGCAGCUUUCGUCAGCGGCCGCGGGGCCACCGGCGCGCUCGGGCGCCCGCAGCUGCCCGCCCGCGCCCCGGGAACAGGUGCGGGGACGCUCGUGGCCCCCAGCCUCCCGCAGCUCGUGCAGAGGCGGGACCCAGGAAGGGCGCGCCGGGCGGCCGCAUGGAGAGCGGCGGCGGGAAUCCCCCGGCCGGGGCCCUCGGGGCGGCGGCCGAGCCACCGCAGUGCCCGCUGCCGCCGGGAGCCGAGGGCGCGGUCGGGCCGGUGGAGCCCGACAGGGCGGCCGAGGGCGCGGGGCCCGGGAGCGGGGGCGAGGACGCGGGCGGGCCGCGGCGGGCUCUGCGGGCAGUAUAUGUGCGCGGCGAGAUCCCGCAGGGCGGCGUGGCCGGCGGCCCCGAGGCGGGGGCGCGCCAGUGCCUGCAGCGGGCCUGCGAGGCGGAGGGCGCCCAGUUCACCUCCGUGCCCUUUGGGGAGCUCGACUUCGGGGAGACGGCUGUGCUCGACGCCUUCUACGACGCAGAUGUUGCUGUGGUGGACAUGAGUGAUGUCUCCAGACAGCCUUCCCUCUUUUACCAUCUGGGGGUCCGAGAGAGCUUUGACAUGGCCAAUAAUGUGAUCCUGUACCAUGACACUGACGUGGACACUGCUCUUUCAUUGAAGGAUAUGGUCACUCAGAAAAACACAGCAUCUAGUGGAAAUUACUAUUUCAUCCCGUACGUCGUGACGCCGUGCGCUGAUUAUUUUUGCUGCGAGAGCGACGCCCAGAGGCGCGCCUCCGAGUACAUGCAGCCCAACUGGGACACCAUCCUGGGUCCGCUGUGUGUGCCCCUGGUGGACAGGUUUAUUAGCCUCCUCAAGGACAUCCACGUGACCUCAUGUGCGUACUACAAAGAAACCUUAUUAAACGACAUCCGGAGAGCCCGGGAGAAAUACCAGGGUGACGAACUGGCGAAGGAGCUGACUCGGAUCAGACUUCGCUUGGACAACACCGAGGUUCUGACCGCAGACAUCAUCGUGAAUUUGCUGCUGUCCUACCGCGACAUCCAGGACUAGGACGCCAUGGUGAAGCUCGUGGAGACCUUGGAAAUGCUGCCCACGUGUGACUUGGCCGACCAGCAUAAUAUUAAAUUCCAUUAUGCAUUUGCACUGAACAGGAGAAACAGUCCAGGCGACCGCGAAAAGGCUCUACAGGUCGUGCUCCAGAUUCUGCAGAGUUGUGACCACCCGGCCCCUGACAUGUUCUGCCUGUGUGGGAGGAUCUACAAGGACAUCUUCUUGGAUUCAGACUGCAAAGAUGACACCAGCCGAGACAAUGCCAUCGAGUGGUACCGCAAAGGGUUUGAGCUCCAGUCGUCUCUUUAUUCAGGAAUUAACCUGGCAGUUUUGCUGAUGGUUGCCGGACAACAGUUUGAAACUUCCAUGGAACUAAGAAAGAUAGGUGUCCGGCUAAACAGCUUGUUGGGAAGAAAAGGGAGCUUGGAGAAAAUGAACAAUUACUGGGAUGUGGGUCAGUUCUUCAACGUCAGCAUGUUGGCCAGCGAUGUCGGGAAGGCCGUCCAGGCAGCAGAGAGGUUGUUCAGACUGAAACCUCCAGCCUGGUACCUCCGAUCGUUAGUUCAGAACUUGUUAUUAAUUCAGCGCUUCAAGAAACCUACUAUUGAACAUUCACCCAGGCAAGAGCGGCUUAACUUCUGGUUAGAUAUGAUUUUCGAGGCAACAAAUGAAGUUACUAAUGGACUCAGAUUUCCAGUGCUGGUGAUAGAACCAACCAAAGUCUACCAGCCUUCAUACGCCUCUCUAAACAGUGAAGCUGAGGAGAAGACCGUUUCUCUGUGGCAUGUCUCACCCACGGAAAUGAAACAAAUUCAUGAAUGGAAUUUUACAGCUUCUUCCAUUAGGGGAAUAAGCAUAUCCAAGUUUGAUGAGCGGUGUUGUUUUCUUUAUGUCCAUGAUAAUUCUGAUGACUUUCAAAUCUACUUUUCCACUGAGGACCAGUGUAGUAGGUUUUGCUCUUUGGUUAAAGAGAUGAUAAGCAACUCGGCGGGCAGUACAGUAGAGCUGGAGGGGGACACUGAUGGGGACACCUUAGAGUAUGAGUAUGACCACGAUGUGAACGGCGAUAGGGUCGUGCUGGGGAAAGGCACGUAUGGGAUCGUGUUUGCUGGAAGAGACCUGAGCAACCAGGUGCGCAUAGCCAUCAAGGAAAUCCCAGAGAGAGACAGCAGGUACUCGCAGCCUCUGCACGAGGAGAUAGCCCUGCACAAGUACCUCAAACACCGCAAUAUUGUUCAGUACCUGGGCUCCGUUUCGGAGGACGGCUACAUUAAGAUAUUUAUGGAGCAGGUGCCUGGGGGGAGCCUUUCUGCUCUUUUGCGAUCAAAAUGGGGACCAGUGAAGGAGCCCACCAUCAAGUUCUACACCAGGCAGAUCCUGGAAGGCCUGAAGUAUCUCCACGAAAACCAGAUCGUGCACAGAGACAUAAAGGGUGAUAACGUUCUGGUGAACACCUACAGCGGAGUGGUGAAGAUCUCUGAUUUCGGCACCUCCAAACGGCUUGCAGGAGUGAACCCGUGCACCGGGACUUUCGCUGGGACUCUGCAGUACAUGGCACCUGAGAUUAUCGAUCAGGGACCUCGCGGGUACGGUGCCCCAGCAGAUAUCUGGUCUCUGGGCUGCACCAUCAUCGAGAUGGCCACCAGCAGGCCUCCGUUCCAUGAGCUCGGCGAACCGCAGGCAGCAAUGUUCAAAGUGGGGAUGUUUAAGAUCCACCCUGAGAUUCCAGAAGCCCUUUCCCCAGAUGCCAGAGCCUUCAUUUUAUCCUGUUUUGAGCCUGACCCCCACAAACGUGCCACCGCGGCCGAGCUGCUCCAAGCGGGCUUCUUAAGGCAGGUGAACAAGGGCAAGAAGAACCGAAUUGCUUUCAAGCUGGCAGAGAGUCCCCGGGGCACCGCCCUAGCCCUGCCCAUGCCCGGGGAGCCCGUGGGCAGCAGCAGCAGUGAGCAUGGCUCUGUCUCCCCGGACUCUGAUGCCCAGCUGGAUAUCUUCUUCGAGAAGGUCCGGGCACCUAAGCACCGGCUCAGCCACCUGCUCAGUGUUCCUGAUGAGAGCUCAGCCUCGUCCCCAGAGGACAGGGACCCGGGCCUCUUCCUGCUGCGAAAGGACAGCGAGCGCCGUGCCAUCCUGUACAAAAUCCUCUGGGAGGAGCAGAACCAAGUGGCUUCCAACCUGCAGGAGUGUGUGGCACAGAGUUCGGAAGACUUGCAUCUCUCGGUUGGCCACAUCAAGCAAAUAAUUGGGAUCCUGAGGGACUUCAUCCGCUCCCCGGAGCACAGAGUGAUGGCCUCCACGAUAUCAAAGCUGAAGGCGGACCUGGACUUUGACAGCUCGUCCAUCAGUCAGAUUCAUCUGGUACUGUUUGGAUUUCAGGAUGCUGUAAAUAAGAUUUUGAGGAACCACCUAAUUAGGCCCCACUGGAUGUUUGCGAUGGACAAUAUCAUCCGGCGAGCGGUGCAGGCCGCGGUCACCAUCCUCAUCCCAGAGCUCCGGGCCCACUUUGAGCCUGCUUCGGAGACCGAAGGGGUGGAUAAGGACACUGACGAGGCAGAAGAGGACUAUCCCCAGGCAGACCCGCCUGGCCGGCAGGCACCUGUGGCAUUCAGAGGGAGCAGCCCCCCUUCGGCGGGUGCCCCCCAGCCCCAACAGCUCCAACACCAGCACUUGAGCCUCCAGCUGGGCGAGCUCAGACAGGAGACCAACAGACUUUUAGAACACCUAGUUCAGAAAGAAAGAGAGUACCAGAAUCUUCUCCGGCAAACCCUAGGGCAGAAAACUCGAGAACUGUAUCAUCUUCAGUUACAGUUCAGACCUACUGACACUACAGAGAACCCAGCCCCUCCUGGGUCUCAGGGGCAAAGAACCGAUCCGCAGCUCGUAGACUGGUCACAGCUGCAAGGAGCGGAUGAGCGCACAGUAGAGAAGGUAAAUGUGCGACAAAGCAAACAUUCCUAUGCCGUUACCACAAAGCAGCUUAGCUCUUCUGUGUCUGGUAUACGCUACAGAUUGGUGAAGAGGGCUACACCCUGUCUGAUAUUCUUAACGACGUCACUAAGGAAGAUCUAAGACCGCUUCGGCUGCGGGAAGAAUGGCUU